CCGGCUCGGGCGGCGUUCCCGCUGCGCCCCCCGCCACGCGGGUCGCGGCGAGAGAAUGGCUGCGCGCCGUUCCUCCGGAACGGUGGCCUCCCGGCGCCUCUGGCGGCCUGCCGCGGCUACGGGGGCGCUGGCGGCUGGCGUCCGCGGGCUUGGGGCGCCUGCUGCGGGCUGAGCCUUGGGGUCUGUGGCGCCGCUGGCUGUGCGGGCCGCCGCUUGGAGUGGAUGAGGCGGCACCUGCCGACCAUCGUGGGGAGGCCGCGCUGUGCGCUUUCUGUGAUGAACGAGUUCGCGGAGUGCAAGCUGGAGAAGAGGUCCAUCAACGACCUGCUGCAGAUGGCCCAGUUCACCCCGAGGGAGCGCUCGAUGAGGCUGCACGAGACCCUGAAGGUCGGGCUCGCGCGCUGUGCGAUGCGGCUCUCAGAGAUGCCCUUUGGCUUCUGCAACGCGCCGAGCAUCAAGCGGGUGACCGGCGCCUAUGUGCAGAACUUCCAGCAGGUCAUGGAGUUCGAGCACGACAAGGGCAUCGAAGGCGUGUGCAGCCGGGAAUACCACGACCUCACGCGGGGCAUCUUCAACCAGCAUCGGGGCACGAUGCUUGACGUUGCCAAGGGCGUCUUCGAGUUUUACGAGGACCUCAACGAGCUUUUCGGCAAGGACAUCGAGCUCGCGGAGGUCCGGGAGGAGCUCAAGCUUAUCCGGGACGUCGAGCACUCGCUGGACGAGUUCUUCACCAACCGCCUGACGCUGCGCCUGCUGAUCUCGCACGUGCACAACCUGAGCAGCGGGAAGCCAGGCGAUUCCCUCCCUCAAAUCCUCUUGCACCGCUGUAUCUUACGAGCUCGGAGCCUGGUAAGGCUUCGGGUUGUGCACAGGGUUGUGGAUGGUGUUGCACCUGGGAUACUUCAUGACAUAACUCUGCCCGGGCUUACUCGCUGCCAGGAAGAAGAAGACGUGCGCAAAGUUAUCUGUCAGAAUCUAUGUCAGAAUGCCCUGGUCAUCCAUGCUCCGUCCAUGAAACAAAGCAUGUUGAAUUAG